CAUUUUCCUUUUAUGGUAAAGUAAAGCAGAGGUAGGCGGACAGAAUUCUCCGGGUACGGGAGUGAAACGAUCAGAAGCAAUUUGGACUCGCUGCAGUUUAAGCUCCAGGCUCUGAAAGAGAUAUGCUAGUGGAACAAAACCAAUGAGACAAUACCUUCAGAUGGUAAAACUCCUCCUUUGAUAUUAUAAAUGAUGUCUCAGAUAAAAAAGAUCUCUUCAGUUUACAUUCAGCUUGCUACACCUGGAAGGAUCAGCACUCCAAAGACAUACAACUCUUUUGAAGCCUCAAGGGAAGACAAACAUCUCCUGCAAAAACCAGUGCCAACAGCACCCAAAUCUGUGAGCUAUCCAUACAGCUAUGGAAAUAAAGGAACGAAAGGCACCAUUCCAUCAGCUUAUAAUUCUGCUGAUGAAGAUUUCCCCCCACUACCACCACCACCUGCUCCAGAGAAGACAAAAGAUGCAUUUCACUCCAAUGAGAUGCCUUUUCCUCCUCCUCCACCUCUGCAAGCCUGUGAAGAACCAGUCCCAUCCUUAUCCGAUUCCAAACAAAGCAGGCUGCUGAAAUCAAAUGUUGGAGCAAGUCCAAAGCAGCAGGAAUUUUCCAUGCCCUCUAAACCUGCAAGACUCGAACAGAAAGAUUCCCUGACUCAAACAGUGAAUGACAAGUUGAAUGGAUUACCAGAUUCUAAGCAAGAUAUUUGUGCAUCUUGCAACCAGCUUAUUCCGACAAUGACACCUGCUGUUGAAGCCAUGGGCAAAAUAUUCCAUGAGGAUUGCUUGAAAUGUAGAAAAUGUCAGUGCAAACUGGUGGGAAAAACCUUUUACAAUCUGGAUGACAACCCUCACUGUAACUCCUGCUACCAGGAUACUUUGGAGAAAUGUGAGAAAUGCAGAAAACCAAUAAUGGAUCAGUUUACAAAAGCCAUGGACAAGGCUUUCCAUUCUGAUUGUUUCAGAUGUGUUGUCUGUAAUCGUCUCAUUGGAAGUGAACGUUUUGGAGUGAACCAGGAUAAGGAGAUUUACUGCCUUGAAGACUUCCAGAGGCGAUAUGCUCCACAAUGUUCUGUAUGUGAAAAGCCAAUUAUACCAGAAACUGCUGAGGAGGAGUGCCUCAACAUUGAACUAUUUGGGCGCCACUUUCAUGUCAAUUGCUACAGAUGUGAGAAAUGUGGACGACUUUUAUCUCCUGAUGCAACUGAAGAAGGGUGCUUCCCAUUGAAUAAGCACAUACUGUGCAAGACUUGCCACAUGCAGAGUACCAGCUCUACCUGAAGACUCUUGAAUAUUAGCAGAGAUUAUUUCAAUUUUGUGAACUGCUGAAUAACUUCAAUCAAAUUUAUCCUGGUACAGUUGACCAUUUUCAGUUACAUUCAACAGCAUCUAUGAACGAUCCUUUUGAGAGGGUAAUUUUAUUUUUAAAGUUUGCUCAAGGCCUAUUCAUCUUAAGCAAUGCAAACCUGAUAUUUUAGGUUUGGUUCCUACUAUGUGAUGAUCUCAACUGGUAUCAGCUUUAUUAUUGUGAUCAAAGCUCUUGAACGAGGCUAAAAGCUAAAUAAAUUAACAAAGACUUCCACUCCUGAACUAUACUUAGCGAUUUUUAUAUUGAAAAUAGUCAUAGAAAUAAAUUCUUGUAAGAUGUAGCCUACUACAUUCACCAUCUUGGCUUGCAGAUGAAGAAUGGUCGGUCACUUGACAAGGUACUGAAGACAACUGGUGCCUACCAUCAAGAUGAAGUGUUCUUAAUUGUAGCAAAUCACCAUUGGCAAACGGAUUCAAUUUAGUAUUUUUAACUCUGUUAUGCUACUUCUGGAAUUGUUCUUUUCACAAAUUGAAGAACUGUUCCCAAUUCCCAUUCUCUUCUUUUGAAACAUAAUUAUGUACGAACUGCUUAUGCUUCAACAUUUUUUAAAUAAAGGAAAUUAAAAGUUCUUCCACAGCAAGAGAAACAAUAGACCUGCCU